AUGGCGUCUGCAGUAGGUCUUCCUGCAGGGGUGCGGGUGCUGUGUCAGAGUCGGCCGCCUGACUCCGAGAUUGGGGUGAGUCUGCAGCAAAGCCUGUCAGAUUCAAGUGCAAGGGAUGUGUAUGAUGCACCUGCGAAGUCUGGUGUCAUCGUCACAACAGCCGCGUCGUGUGCAAGUGCAGUUGAUGCCACGCCUGGGACUAGUCCUGCGUAUGAACCUUGCGUAAGUCAGGGUCAGCAGUGUGUCUCGCCAAUUUUGUGUUGUGCCGAGGUGGAAUCGAGUCCGCAGCGACCUAUAUCGGAUUCGUCUCAGCUGGAUGUCGCCAUCACGCCUGCAAAGCCAGGUGUCGUCGGAAAGGGCGAGAGUCGGUGUGUCCCGCCAAUUUUGCGUGGUCCCGAGGUGGGGGCCGGUCUGCAGCGAAGCCUGUUGGCUCCAGGAGAUGUCUCCGUUCCCGAUGAAGUGAUCUGGCCUUCGCAACAGGAUUGCAUGGAUCCCGAUUCCAUUGAGGUGUGCUCGAGUCAGUCUGAAAGCGACCCUGAAGCUCUUACUGACCAGUGUGAUCCGCCAAGUGCACUUCCUUCUGCAGUGUUGCCUUCUCCGUGUGAUGCAUGCGCAGAUUCAGAUGCUAACCAGUUCGUCGGCAAGUUCGGCCUGUGUGACCCACAGCCAGGGGGGUCGACUAGUUGCGUCGUUGAGGGUUCUUCAGCUUCAGGUUCCUCUGGUUGGCAAGCGUACCCAGUCGUGGUCGAGGUAUUUGCGGGCACCGCACGCGUGACGGCUUGCCUAAAAGGGUUCGGUGUGCAGGGUGCUUUUGGGGUCGAUGUUGAUGUCUCCAAGGCGUGCUCUAAAUGCAUCCAGCUCGACCUCACCACUGUUGAGGGCAGAGAGUUGCUAUUCACUUGGCUACGGUCGCCCAGAGUCAUAGGCGUUUUCAUGGCGCCGCCGUGCGGUACUGCGUCGCAGGCAAGAAAGGAAGGAGAUGGAGGCCCUCCUCCGUUGCGUUCCGCGCAAUGGCCCGAUGGGCUGCCCGGAUUGAGCCAAGUUGAUGAGUUCAGAGUGCAGCAAGCCAACCUGUGCUACCAGUUGGUUGCUGAUGUGGUGCGUUGGUGUCUCAAGAAUCAGCGGAUCUUUGCUGUCGAGAACCCGUUGAACAGCUUCUUUUGGCGAACGUCUUUCUGGAAGUCGGUGUCGAAGUUGGUCCAGAGUUUUGACCACUGUGCCUACGGCGGCCAGCGCCAGAAACAGACUGCGAUUGCACAUAACUGUGCUGCGUUUGCAAGUCUGGCCCGCUUUUGUCCCGGUCCUGAGUGCGCCGAGCAGCACCUGCCUUGGGGCCGUGACCCCACUGCGCCGAAUGGCUUCGCCACUUCCCAGGAGACCGCCUAUCCCUCGCAGCUGGCAGCUGGCAUAGCGCUGGCUUUCAUCAAGGGCAUGGUCUCGCGCGGUUGGGAUGGGGCCAGGGUUGCGUUGAACAUAGAUCGGGACAAGCUAGCCACAGCAGCUGAAAGAGCCAUCGCAGGCGUUCAGAGCAAGGCUUCCAGGUUCCCUGCUCCUGUGAGUGAACACAAGAUGGUGGUAGUUCUGCGUUCGCGACGGCCUUUGACUUGUCCUUGCGAGCCUGGAAAGCGCCUCGAGCAGCCAUUUCCGCUGCCUGCUGGUGUCAGGGCCACACCAUUUGUUGCUUGUGUUCCUGCGAAGAGUCAGCUCCUCCGCAGUACACCCAUCUCGGUUAAGGUUGGGGAUUGGUUAGCUGGGUCUAAAGUUGAAGCCGAGCAGUUGUCAUUUGAGCAAGCGUGGGGCGUACCGCAUUCUGAAGCCGAGUUUGUCGAGGCUGCUGUGAAAGCAGGCCACCCGAGCAGCUUCCGCGAGGCGCUGCCAGAUGUGCUUCAGAAAGCAGUAAAGUUGAAUGAGACAAUGGACGAUGCAGACCUUGCAAAGAUGAGGACUCACUGGAUCCGCAAAUGGGCCAAAAGGGCAGAACAACUUGCGCCCGAAGAAGAAGAGCUCAAGAAGACAUUGCAUCCUUCCUGCAGAGCCAUCUUAGAGCCAAAGCGCUUGCUGCUUUACAAGGAAAUCCUCACAGAGUGUAACUACCCAGACCCGGGUGCGUUCGAUGAGCUCCUACAGGGCACGCAGCUUACUGGUGAAGUACCCAUCACGGGGAUCUUCACGCCUACAUUCAAGCCUGCCAAAACAACUGUAGAUCAGGUCAAGAGGGAAGCCAGCAGCAUCCGCUCAGGGGUGCUUUCGAAGGUCCGACCAACAGGAGAGCUGGAUGCGGAAGUAAUGAAAAAGACAUGGGAAGAGUGCAAGGCCGGAUGGCUUGAAGGGCCGAUUCCGCUCAGUGAGCUGGAAAGCAGCGCGCUUGUAAGCCGUCGGUUCGGCGUUGUGCAGGGGUCCAAAGUAAGGGUCAUAGACGACUUCUCACUGGGAGGGGUGAACGGCACAGUGCAAGUGGCCGAGACUCCACGGCCACACGCCACUGACAAAGUGGCCGCCCUCUGCCUUGCACUGCUUGCAAAGUGUGGUCGUAGCACCGUGCUCGGCCGCACGUUUGAUCUCAAGUCUGCUUACCGUCAGCUUGCAGUGUCGCCGGAGUCCUCCUGGGCUAGCUAUGUUGCCUGUUGGGAUCCGGCAAUUCAGGCGCCACGGAUCUUCCGUAUGCGAGCGCUCCCUUUUGGCGCGAGCCGUGCAGUGUACGCGUUCCUUCGCGUUGCCAUGUCUUUGUGGUUUGUUGCAGCUGACCAGCUAGCGAUACCCUGGACAUCUUUCUUCGACGAUUUCGUGACCUUUGGCCGGGGAGCAGGAAGCACACACUUGCAGCGUACUGUUGAAGCCUUCUUUAAGCUCCUAGGAUGGGGUUUCGCAGAGAGUGGAGAACAGCCUUUUGCGUUGAGUUUCCACGCGCUUGGGAUAAAAGUUGACCUCAGCAAGUUUUGCGAGGGUUCCGUACUCUUCUCGAACACAGAGAAGCGCAUCUCAGAGCUUAGGGACACGUUCCAGAAGAUCCUCGAAACAGGGCUGCUGCCUCAAUCCUUCGCCCUGAAGCUUAGGGGUCGUAUGCAAUUUGCGGACGGCCAGCUCUUCGGAAGAACCGGUAAAGCAUGCAUGCGAACCAUCACAUCCUUUGCGUAUGGCGACGCCGGCCCGGUGCUCACGCCAGCCGCUAGGAAUGCGAUUGCCAGGUUUUUGAAGAGACUGUGUGCAGAUGCGCCCAGAGUGAUUUCGAUCUUAAGCGAGCGACCUUGGUUCGUUUUCACGGAUGCAUCCUAUGACGUGUCGAACAGACAGUGGCCAUGUGGGCUUGGAGGCAUCCUGUUCAACCAGUCGGGACAGGCGGUUGAGCUCUUCUCUGUGUGCUUGACCGCAGAGCAGAUUCGCCUCCUCGGUGGCGAUAGGUCCCAACAAAUCAUCUUCGAGGCAGAGCUCCUUGCCCUCGUGGUGGCGGCCCGGAAAUGGGGGCCUUCCUUGUUUGCGAAGCCUGUAAUGUUUUAUGUUGAUAAUAACUCAACUAGAGACGUGGCUAUCUCGGCAAGUGCUCGCACGUGCAUCCCCUCGAGUCUAUUGGAACAGCUUGUUCAUGCUGAGGAAAGACUCAGCUUUUAUCCCUGGUACUCUCGUGUGCCCUCACCGUCUAAUCCGGCUGACAGCCCAUCACGGGAGCUGCUUCAGAUACUGUCUUGGAAAGGCCGAACGCUGAAGGCGUCAGAUGUAAGCGAGACCUUGUGCGACUGCUUCAGUCUCCUUGAAGGUUGA